CAAGACCCAACCGGCUUGCGAACAAGAGGCAGGCUAGACAGCUUUCAUGGAACAAGGGUGGGAUAACGUCCGUGAACUUGAAAACGCAUAGGCACUCUAACAACACGCACUUAUAUUAGUCGUUCUUGCUCUUCAUUGUAAUUAUUGUAUACUUCAUCUAACUGCGAUUUGUGAAGAUGUCCGUAGUCGGGUUCGAUGUCGGGUAUCUGAACUGCUAUGUAGCCGUAGCGCGAGCCGGCGGCAUUGAGACUGUCGCCAAUGAAUACAGCGACCGAUGUACACCAGCAUGCGUUUCUUUUGGACCACGGAAUCGAUCAAUUGGUGCAGCGGCCAAAAGUCAGGUUGUCACAAACUGCAAAAAUACUGUCCAGGGGUUCAAGCGAUUUCAUGGCAGGGCAUUUUCAGAUCCGUUUAUCCAGCACCAGAAAUCCAGCCUGGUAUACGACCUUGCACAAAUGCCAACAGGAACAACUGGCAUCAAGGUGAUGUACAUGGAGGAGGAGAAAGUCUUCAGUAUAGAGCAAGUCACUGCUAUGCUGCUGACCAAGCUGAAGGAGACAGCAGAAAGUGCACUGAAGAAGCCUGUGGCUGACUGUGUGGUGUCCGUCCCCUGCUACUUUACUGAUGCUGAGAGGAGAUCGGUUGUAGAUGCAGCACAAAUUGCUGGUCUCAACUGCCUUAGGCUCAUGAACGAGACAACUGCAGUGGCGUUGGCAUAUGGGAUCUACAAACAGGAUCUUCCACCUUCUGAGGAAAAGGCCAGGAAUGUGGUGUUUGUGGACCUGGGCCAUUCUGGAUAUCAGACAUCAGUAUGCGCCUUCAACAAGGGCAAAGUCAAGGUACUUGGUACAGCCUGUGACCCAGAGUUAGGAGGCAAGGACUUUGACGAAAUGCUGGUUAGGUAUUUCUGUGAAGAGUUUGCCAAAAAGUACAAGCUGGAUGUCAAGUCCAAGCCCAGGGCUUUGGUCAGGCUCUACCAGGAGUGCGAGAAACUCAAGAAGCUGAUGAGCGCCAAUUCUUCUGACUUGCCACUCAACAUUGAGUGCUUCAUGAAUGACAUUGACGUCUCUGGGACACUGAACAGGGUCAAAUUUGAAGAGAUGUGCACAGACAUUUUGGCCAGAGUAGAGGCACCCCUGCAGAGUCUGAUGGAACAAGCCAAGCUGAAGAAGGAGGACAUCUAUGCGGUAGAGAUUGUGGGUGGUGCCUCCAGAAUCCCAGCUGUCAAAGAGAGAAUCAGCAAGUUCUUUUGCAAAGAGUUGAGCACUACUUUAAAUGCCGAUGAGGCCGUAGCUCGAGGAUGUGCCCUGCAGUGCGCAAUACUGUCACCAGCCUUCAAAGUGCGGGAGUUCUCCAUCACAGAUGUAGUCCCAUACCCCAUCUCCUUAAAUUGGAAUUCAGCUGCAGAGGAGGGUUCCAGUGAUUGCGAGGUAUUUCCUAAGAACCACGCAGCACCUUUCUCCAAAGUUUUAACCUUCUACCGGAGAGAGCCUUUCUCUUUGGAGGCUUACUACAACUGUCCUCAAGAACUGCCCUACCCUGAUCCCACUAUCGGUCAAUUUAUGAUCCAGAAGGUGGUCCCACAGGCCUCUGGGGAGAGCUCCAAGAUUAAGGUGAAGGUGAGGGUGAACAUUCAUGGAAUCUUCAGUGUGUCCAGCGCCUCACUGGUGGAGGUACUAAAGUCUGACGAGACAGAGGAACCUAUGGAAACGGAGCAGACGAAUGAGAAAGAUGGGGAGAACAAAAUGCAGACUGAUCAGGAUGAGCCUAAGGCACAGGGAGAUGGGCAGAAAGAGCCAGAAGAGAAGACAACACCUGAGAAUGAAGAGAUGGAGACUACCACAGAAGAGGGGAAAACGGAGAAAAAGUCUGACCAGCCUCCACAAGCGAAAAAGCCCAAAGUCAAAACAAAAGUGCUGGAGCUUCCAAUUGAAAACAGUCCACAGUGGCAGCUAGCAGAUGACAUGCUCAAUCUUUUUGUUGAAAAUGAGGGUAAGAUGAUCAUGCAGGACAAGUUGGAGAAAGAGAGAAAUGACGCCAAGAAUAAUGUAGAAGAGUAUGUGUAUGAAAUGAGGGACAAGCUGCAUGGUAUGCUGGAGAAGUUUGUCAGUGAGUCUGACCGAGAUGCUUUGUCAUUGAAACUGGAGGAUACCGAAAACUGGUUGUAUGACGAGGGAGAGGACCAACCCAAACAGGUGUACAUUGACAAACUGGCAGAAUUAAAGAAAUUUGGCCAGCCCAUCCAGGAGAGGUAUAUGGAGGCUGAAGAGAGGCCAAAAACAUUUGAGGAGUUGGGCAAACAAAUCCAGCAGUACAUGAAAGUUGUUGAAGCCUACAAAACCAAGGAGGAACAGUAUGACCAUUUGGACGAGGCAGAUGUCAGCAAAGUGGACAAACUUGCCGGCGAAGCUAUGAUAUGGAUGAACAGUGCAAUGAACCAGCAAAGCAAACAGAGCCUGACAGUGGAUCCAUCUGUCAAAAUCAAAGAUAUUCAGGCAAAAACAAGGGAGCUGUUUUCUGCAUGUAAUCCGAUUGUGACCAAGCCUAAACCCAAGGUGGAGCUUCCCAAGGAUGAAAACCCAGCAGAGCAGAAUGGGCCAGUCAAUGGACAGGAGAAAGCCCAGGAUGACACUGCAGACAAGGGAUCAGCUGAAAACACAGGCAACCCCAACUCAGAAAGUACGGAAAACAAGCCUGACAUGGACCUUGACUAAGCAGGCACACAAGACUCUUUCUUCCCUCCUACAACUGUGCCUCAGUCUGAACCAAGUGCACCCUGCCUCAGUCUGAGCCAAGUGCACCCUUCUUCACCUCAGUGUCAUCAACUUACCCUUGGAGGUGACAUGAUAGCCUAACAGUUUUAAGAAUUCAUCCGUGCCAUCUGAGCGACUUAAGGAUAAGGGAGCAGAUUGAUUCAGAUUGAGAUGCAGCUCGGGCAUAUCGGAGCUGGUGAAGUCUCAGUAAUUCACUAUCAAGUCAAAAGCAGGCUCCACACAAUUGACCCCAGCCUCUUGGUGUCUUUCUGCUGCCAUAGCAUGUCUUUUCUUUUUAUUGCUGAAAUAAAUCAAAUGCAAACUGCAAUAAGCCUGUUUAGACAAUGAGCGCUGUACACAUCAUGGUAUUUAUUUCUGUUGUGUGCUCUGUAAGUGUUCUGGUCUCUGUCACAAUACGGUUUUAAUAAAGAUAUGACAUUAA